AUGUUUCAAUCAUUUAUCUCGCAUCUUUCAUCGACCUUCUCUUCUCGUCCCAUUCUCUCCUCCGUUGUUGCUGGUGUCUCGUCCUUGUUGUUGCUUUAUCAAGGAAAGAAGUAUUACAAUGGAGGUCAAGUGAGUGCUGACUUGUUGUCGAAAUCUAAUUUGAAAGGAAAGAUUGUGAUUGUUACUGGUGCUAGUCCUGGUGGUAUUGGCUAUGAGACUGCCAAAGUCUUACAUUCUGUCGGAGCCACUGUGAUUCUGGCUGUGCGUGAUGAAAAGAAUGGAAAUGAAUCCAAGAGAUUGAUUGAAAAAGAGAAUCAUGGAGGUUCUGAUCGAUUGGUAGUCAUGCUCAUGGAUUUAACUGAUUUGGCAAGUGUGAAACAAUUUGCCACAGAAUUUAAAAAACAAUUUUCAGAAUUGGAUAUUUUGAUUAACAAUGCUGGAAUUAUGAUGUGCCCCUUUGCAACUACAAAGCAAAAUAUUGAGAUUCAAUUUGGAACGAAUCAUGUUGGUCACUUUUUAUUAACUUUAUUAUUACUCGAUCUCAUCAAGAAAUCCAGCAUUGGUCGCGUCAUUAAUGUUUCUUCACUUGCAGCUUCUGGAAUUAAACAAGCAGAGACCAAAACCUUUGCUUCAUUCACAGAAGAGUCAGUCAAGGGCGAUGGAAGCAAUUUGGGAGUGUCAGUGGGUAAAAUAUAUUCUCGUUCCAAGUUUGCGAAUGUACUUUUCACUAAAAAGUUGGACAGAGAAUUGAAAAAGGAUUCCCCAAAUGCUGCAAGCUAUUCGUGUCAUCCAGGAGUGGUUCGUACAAAUUUGGGGAGACAUUUACCUCGAUGGUUGAUGGUUGUAGUGACUCCAAUCUUUUAUUACUUUACAAAGUCGCCACUCGAUGGAGCACAGACGAGUUUGCAUCUUGCUCUAUCUCCUUCUUCAAGUUUGAAGGGUGGAAAUUAUUAUAGUGAUUGUAAGGAAAAGGUUGGAAAUCCAUUGGAGAAUUCCACCGAAUUGCAAGAUCGAUUGUGGGAAACAAGUUUGGAAUUGUGUCAAGAAUAUUUGAAGUAG